UUAUUCUGGAUCAGAUUUCAUCACAAGGGAAAUUCUCCAUAGAAGCAGGCACCGGUAUUUUGAGAGUUGAGGAAAAACUAGAUCGCGAGAAAAAGGAUAAUUAUUUACUUAUCGUAGAAGCGUGGGACAAUUAUCAAUAUGGAUUCAAAAAUGGAGAGAGUAGAAAUACUUUCAAACAAAUAAAUGUAACGCUUCUGGAUAUAAAUGACAAUGCCCCAGAGCUGACAAUAGAGCGCAUGUGUGUCAAUAUAACUGAAUUCCAUGAAGUAGGACAGCCUAUUACAACUAUACGAACUUCAGAUAAUGAUGAUCCAAAUACAUCUAAUGGACAGGUGAUGAUAAUGAUUUCAGUAAACUUAGAACACACUAAAAACCUACUGUUUCCAGGUAAUAAUUGACAUUGCUGAUGGAAAUCAAGGUGACCUCUUUGAACUUCAACAAAUUAACGAUUGGAUAGUGCAAAUCAAGUCUACAAAGCCUUUGAAAGGAAAACAUGGAAAAUAUACACUGAUUAUGAGAGCUCAGGACUUAGGAACGCCUAGUUUUGUGACGGAAGAGCCUGUUCAUAUUUGUGUAAUGGAUGUUAACGACCAUGCUCCUGUGUUUGUUUCGCCGUCACCAAAUUCAACUUUAAGAGUUCCAGAGAAUGCAACUGUUGGAAGUGCAUUGGCUCAGAUCGUUGCCUUGGAUGAAGACAUAGGACAAAAUAGCGUAAUAAAGUUUAGACUUAAAGCUGAUCCAGCUGGUCAUUGGAAAACUUUCAAUUUGCACACAGAUUCUGGCAUUUUGGAGUUGGCUUUGCCUUUGAAUAGAAAAACGCAAAAAUUUUACGAUAUUCGUAUAGAAGCAUUUGACCUAGGAGUUCCAACAUCUCUGAGUUCUGAUUUGGAUUUAACAGUUUAUAUAAACGAUAUAAGGGGAUAUCAACCUCAGUUUUUAGACGACGAAUUUACUAUAGAAUUCACAGAAAACCAAAGACCUGGAGCUGAAGCUAAAAGACUUCCAGAUACAAUUGACAGAGACGAAUUAGAUUAUGAAGGCACGCCAUCGCCAAUUUGUUACUUUAUAGUUGGUGGUAAUGAAAAUAAUUACUUUAGUCUACACCCUAUUGACCAUACUCUACAUGUUAUCCAGCCAUUGGACAGAGAAGAACAAAACAUUUAUUUAUUACUGGUCAAAGCUACGGAAGAUUGUUCAUACUCACCUGAGGCACAACUUGAUUAUCCCGACACGAGUCAGUUGAAAGUUAUUAUCAAAGUCUUAGAUAUAAAUGAUAAUCCUCCCAGAUUUAUUAGACGUGUAUUCACUGGUGGAGUAAGUACAGCGACACCGUACGGAACCAAAUUUAUGUCUGUUAAAGCGCAUGAUGCUGAUGAAAGUAAAAAUUCUGAAAUAUCCUAUUAUAUUGUUGGAAAAAUCCAGAUGACACUCACAGAAGGAUUGGAUCUUCAAAUGCGUGAACCAUUUACUAUAGAGCGUGAAACAGGGGCUGUAAAGUUGAAUUUUGAUCCUCAGCAGGGAAUGAAAGGAUACUUUGACUGUAUAGUAUUAGCGAACGAUACAGACGGACUUCAAGAUACUGCUCGAGUUUUUAUCUACCUUUUAAGAGAAGACCAGAGAGUGAGAUUUGUACUAAGACAACAUGCUCCUGAUUUGAGAAACAGAAUUGAAGUAUUCAGAGAAAUUUUAGGCAAUGUUACUGGGCAUAUAGUAAACAUAGAUGAAUUUAGAGUUCAUGCUAACAAAGAUGGUUCCAUUGAUAAAACAAAAACUGACUUGUAUUUACAUUUGGUUAACAAAAAAGAUAAUUCAAUUUUAGAAGUUCCGGAUGUUUUAAAGUUGGUUGAUCAGAAUACUGAGAAUCUCAACGAAUUGUUUAAACAAUUCAAUGUUCUGGAUACUCAACCUGGCAAAAGCUUAAUGCUUCGAUCAAAAGACCAAGUAUUACCCACUAGUAUUGCAUGGCUAACUGCUGUAUCUAUGUUUUUACUUUUGAUGGUUCUUUUGAUUUUGGCUUUAUUCGUUACUCAGCGGCAAGCAUACCAAAGAAAAUUAAAAGCUGCCACAGCAACAGCAUAUGUUCGAGCUGAAUCCGAAAUAGAAGGCAAAAGCUUAAGUAUUUUAAGCGGCAGAGUACCCAAUACUAAUAAACAUAGCAUGGAAGGCAGCAAUCCGAUUUGGUUGAAAGCCUACGAAAACGAAUGGUAUAGAGAACCUGAAGAUCACUGUAACAGUUCCGAUCGCGAUUCCCUAGACGAAAAUGUGAUCUGCAGCGGGGAAUCCUUCGGAUCUGCCGAAUUUGUGCCAAAAAACAACGAAAAAUUCAGCAACGAAAUAUUGACAACGAACCUACUUGACAGGCAAAAUUUGUAUCAAACUCUCGCUUCUAUACCGGUACUUCCUGUGCCACAACCACGAAAAUUGGAAACUACAGAGUUAUGAUCUUUACACAAUAAAUUUAAAAUGGGAAACAAUAAAAUAAAACCGUUGGAUGAUAUUAUAGCUGUAGACUUGUAGUUUAGUAAUUUAUAACUGAAUACAACAUAGAAAUUGCACGAAAAAAAAAACAGUUUCUCUUUUUCAUAUAAAAUUGUUUUAAUCUAUAGUUAUUUUACUUCCCAUAAGAAGGUAUACAAUGUAUGAAUUUUGAAUGUGGUUCUGUAUAAAUGGAUUUUACUAAUAAAACUGAAUUUAAAUCUCUGGUUUUGAAGUUUUGUUAAAUAUCCGAUAGUUCCGAUACAACUAAACCAAACUC